CCGGGAGGGCGGGGGCCGGCGUUCAGCGGGGAGCGCUCCGGCCGCCGGUGCCGCCCGCACUCCGCGCUCCCGCCCGCCGCCGCCGCUACCCGGGACCGGCGGCCGCCGCGCCGAGCCCGCGCCCUCUCCCGCGCCGCCUCCUCCCGCUGUCCUGCCCCGCCAUGAAGUUGAGCAGCCGCGGCCGGGGAUGCUGCACGGGCGGCAGCCGGGAGCGCGGCCCGCCGCCGCGGAGCCCCUUCGUGCACCAGCUGCGCUUCAGCCCCCUGCAGAAAGCCAAGAUUGCCUUCAUGACCUUGACUCUGUUUCCUAUUCGACUCUUUUUUGCUGCUUUUAUGAUGUUGCUGGCCUGGCCUUUUGCAUUCAUUGCUUCAAUGGGAUCUGACGAGCAAGAGCUUGAAAAACCCCUCUCCUGGUGGCGAAAGAUAGUGGAUAUUUUGCUGAAAGCAAUAAUGAGAAUGAUGUGGCUUGCUGGUGGAUUCCACUGGAUAAAUGUAAAAGGCAGACGGGCCUUGCCAGCAGAAGCAGCAAUAUUAACGGUGGCUCCCCAUUCUUCCUACUUUGAUGCCAUUCCAGUAACUAUGACCUUCGCCUCCAUUGUGAUGAAGGCAGAAAGCAAAGAUAUUCCUGUUUGGGGAACUCUGAUCAAAUAUAUUCGACCAGUAUUUGUAUCUCGGUCAGACCAGGAUUCUCGCAGGAAAACUGUUGAAGAGAUAAAGAGGCGUGCCCAGUCUGAUGGUAAAUGGCCACAGAUAAUGAUAUUCCCAGAGGGCACUUGCACAAACCGAUCCUGUCUAAUUACAUUCAAACCUGGAGCAUUUAUUCCCGGGGUUCCUGUACAGCCAGUGGUUUUACGUUAUCCAAACAAACUGGACACAAUCACGUGGACAUGGCAAGGGCCAGGAGCGUUUGAAAUUCUGUGGCUUACUUUAUGUCAAUUUCACAAUUCUGUGGAAAUCGAGUUUCUACCUGUGUAUAUUCCUUCAGAAGAAGAAAGAAAAAAUCCAGUGUUAUAUGCCAAUAACGUCAGGCGUGUGAUGGCAGAGGCAUUGGGAGUUCCAGUGACGGACUACACGUUUGAAGAUUGUCAGCUGGCUUUGGCUGAGGGACAGCUUCGUCUGCCUUCAGAUACGUGUCUUUUAGAAUUUGCAAAGCUUGUGAGAAGCCUUGGGCUGAAGCCAGAAACACUUGAAGAUGAUCUUGAUAAAUAUACUGCCAGUGCCAUGGAAAUGAAGAAAGAAAAGGUUGAUCUCAAAGAAUUUUCAGCCUACUUGGAAUUUCCUGUUUCUCAGACAUUAGAAAGUAUGUUUGCACUUUUUGAUGAGAAUGAAGAUGGUGUAAUUGACAUUCGGGAAUUUAUCAUUGCUCUGUCAGUUGUCUGUAAGCCAUCCAAAACUCUGGAAACAAUUCAGCUGGCAUUUCAGCUGUACCAGUCAGAAGGUGGAACUGUAACAGAAGAGGAUUUAGGUAAUAUUCUGAAGACUGCCAUGGGUGUGUCACAAAUUGAUGUUACACAUCUUUUUAGAGCUGUAGAUGAAGAGGAAAAAGGAAAGAUUACAUAUGAUGACUUCUACACAUUUGCUGUGUUGCACCCACACUUUGCAGAAGAGUAUCUCUAUACUGAUCAGAUGGGAGCUGAGAGCGGCUUGGAGACUUCAUCUCUUUCUGCUCCUAAUGGUAUCUGUACUGACUUCAGCCCUGACAAUAGUGCAGAUAGAAGGAAGCCGUUGCAGAAGAAACUGAACUAAUACUACAACUCUUACCUUCCUCUCCUGGUGAGAGGGUUGCAUUUUCUUGGGAUUUUCAUAAGUCAUUCCAAUUAUACAGCGAAUACCAGUUUUGUGUGUGAAAGUUCUACCUGAAUACCAUCCUUUGAAUCCUAUGUGCUAUGUUUAACAACAUGUUCCAGGUUACUUUGGGAAAGGUGUUUUUAUUUUUUUUAAAAAGUCUUUGAAAGGCAAAAAAUGUGAAUGUGCUUCAUUAUUAAUGUUCAUAUUUAAGAGGAAGCGGCACAACUUAUUUAUAUUCCAUUGGCUAGUUCCAUGUACCAAGUGUCGCACAAACUGUGCAUGUAUAAAGAAACUGUAGCUACUAUGGUGUAAAGUGCACUUUGGUGAUUAGUGUUUUCCCUAGUUAUGGGGAUGUUUAUUUGGGGCCAAACUUUGCUGUCCAUAUCUGAAUAGUCAGUCUUGUUGAUUUUGGUGGGAAUUAUUCUCUUGAGCAAGGCAAGCAUACUUUGGCCCUUUGUUUUGGUUUCAGUGAACAGUUUGGAAACAGUAAUAAAAAACUUGCUAAGGAUUUUUUUUUUAUUGCUGAAUGACAAAAUUGUUUCUCUUUCCAUGGUAGAAUGAAAAGGAAAGACUCCUUAUCCCUCACCCCAACACUUUUCUACUGUAAUUUUCCGGAUGCAAUUAAACAUUAAUUCUUUCCAAACUGACAUCCACAUACUGUUUGAAAAUACAUAACUGAACUGUUUGUGCUUUUCUCUCAUAACCAAUUCAAAUCAUGUCCACACAACAUUUUAUGGGAGAUGUGUACAGAGCUAUAUUUGAUUUAGAUUUAUCAGGAAUCACAGGUUUCUUUUGUAGCAAGCCUGUACAGAUAACAUAGCAUGGAAUAUAUCAUGAAAAGUUUGGUGUAUCAGCACAAGUUGGAAAAGGUUGCAGUCACUUCAGAGGCCAAGCCAGCAACAAGUUGCAGAACAUCCUGAAGAAGUGCUAGUUAAAUCUCUAUAGCAACAUUACAUAUACUUCAUAGAACAUAUAUGAAGCUUAAAAUAGUUUAGAACUGUUUAAAAAACCACCACACUUGUAUUAAUAAUACAUGUUUCCUUUUGUAAAGCCAGAUGCCUUAACUGCUGCUGGAGGUCUCAGAGAAAAAUCUAGAUUAUUAUAAAACUACAGAGCUUCAUUGAUUAGUAAAUGGGAUAAAAGCCUCAAGGGGUAGGAGAGAGGACUCUGUCACAAAAUAGCUGAUGGCAACUCUGCUUCCAAACAAUAAAAUCUUUUAAGUCAUUUCUGACUAGUUUUGUAGGGUUUUGUGCAUGGAAAACUAUUGAGAUUAGAGUUUUCCACAAAGGAAUUUAAAACUAGAUUUGAAAGGGAAGAAUUUUAGCAAAGGAUGUCUGUUUGUACCAAAUGCUUUUAUAACUAUUUUUAAAUAGCAGGAGGUGUUUUAAAGCUCAUUAGGGUAUUGGAACAUGUCCUUAGAAAUCCCAAACUCUAUGUGGCAGGUCUCCAAACUGGAACUGGCUUUAAUAAAGAGGGUAGGAGGAAAAAAAUGUAAGAAAAUAUGCUUUAUGUGGUGGUAAUAGUUUAAUUUUUGAUUUAUCUAGGUAACAAAAGCCAAGCUUACAGGGCAGCAGCAGACUGGCUGGCAAUAUUUGAAUUAAAACUGAUAAUGAAAAAUAGGAGAAAUUGAUUGAAAAAAUAAGACAUAUGAGAAACUACAUUUAAGUAGGAAUAGUCAGCUGCAUAGAGGAGGGAGUGAGUAUUACUGUGCUAUAUCUUGAGGCAGGAAGGAUGGCACAGAAUAUGUCAAACUGAGCACUGUUAACUCUUUGCUGCAGAAAAGAUGCUCGUGAUAGAGGGGUGCAUCAGCAUGUGGCCUGUGAGAAGCAGGGUGGUAUUUCUUCAUUACCAAGAUGUGGUAAGGUCUUACCCAAGGUACCUGCUCGUAUUGGGGCUCCUGAGAGAGGUGGGGUGUAACUGAAUAAAGUCUGGAGGACAGAAAGUACUCAAAAAGAAAUCAAAAGUAUCCUUUAAUCCAAAGAAGAGGAGACUGAAGGAAGAUGUGAACAGUCUUUAAAUAUGGAAAAAGUUGCUAUAGAGGAAAUAACAACACUCUUCUCCACGAGGAUGGUAGAUGCUAGCUAUUAAUUGAAAAGGCAAGUUAAGCAUUAGGGGAAGUCUCUUACAAUAUGCCUUAUUAAGCUAAGGAGAAGGGUUAUUUCAGGUAGGGUGAAUGGUCUGCCUUCCUUCACUGGAGUUUUUGGAAACAGAGAAUACAGACAGCUCCAAUAGAGACACUUGAUUUUGCUGAUCAUGCCCCAGGGUUACAGGGAGAUGUCCCUAAGGUCUGUUUUCUCUAAUUACACAGUAAGGGAAGGCAGGUGUAGUCUGGACAUGUUGUAUAUCUACAAGACUAUGGCAUGUGGCUCAAGCUGGCUAAGAUACUUAUCUUUUGCUUUAUAUAUGAGCUUGGGAAUAUGAGAAUUUCAGAAUGCAGGGAAUGAGAAAGAGUUCCCCAGCAUGUGUCUGGAAAGAAGAAAGAGGUAAGCUCAUGAUCCCGUGGACAGCUCUGAAGUGAGAGAAGCAAGCUCCAAAGAAGAGAUACAUUGACCAUAUCUGUGAAAGAGCAAAAAAAGCUGAUUGAAGUUGGCUAAAUCAAGUGUGUCUAAUUUGCAUGUGACAUGUGAGUAACUUGAGGGCCUGUUUUAUGAAAGCCCAUAGGUUCAUUGACUUUUUAUUUUUAUUUGUGAGGCGUUUUGUAAUUGUGAUGAGUGUAAUAGCUGUACUUGGUUACAGCUAAGCUGUAUGGACUGCAUUGAAGGGCUCUGCAGCCUGUAGUGGAUGGGCCCUUAAGCAGGCACCACAUUGUGUGGUGAAGAGGCACUGAAAGUCCUGUGCACCAGUGAGCUCAGUCCAGAGCUGCUGCUGGAAAAGGCUGGUGGCCAGCACAGGUCACAAGCAAGCACUCUUGGUGGGUUAAAACUCAUUUAAAAAUUGGUGAAUUAACUCAUUAAAAAAUGCCAUAAGACAAAACAACAGAUUCUGGAAGGAAAUGUGGUUCUCCCUCUUCUGAGAAAUUACUGAAUAGAUAAAGACAUAAUAAGAGGAAUGUUAGGAUGAAGGAUCAGCUUGCAUGGAAGCAUUGUUAGAUCAUACAUCAUGUCACAAAAGUUGAGAAUAAUAUAAUUCCAUUAAUUUUAGAAUUUGUAAUAUAUACUAUUAGACUGCCUUGUAGUGAGAGAGAAGCCAGGUUACCACAGGGUGGUGAACUAAGGCUCUUGAGGGCACAGGCCUGUAGCACAUCACAUGACUGCAGCCAUACUCCUUACAACUCAUCCAUCAAACCCCCGCUGCAGAAGUGUUUCAGUAGUUCCUGAUGAGAAGCCUUCUUAGAGGCAUCUGACUGUGGAGCAGCUGGAUUGUGACAAUCAAGUUUCAGUAACCUGAUGCAAAGUCUAAGUAGAAGUGAAAACUUCCUUUCCCUAUCAACAAACAUUGAUAUGUAAAUGCUUUCCAUUAAAAUAUUACUGAUUUUAUAGGCAGAUUGGUAUAUUUUAACAAGUGGUAUCAACACCCCCUAAAUUUACUAAGCAACAUAAGCAGACUUAGCAACUAUCUAACGUAAAUGAUCCUUACACAAAAAAUGCAGGGAUGUGAAGGCAUUUGACAUUUCUGAUGAACAUUUUUGUACUCUUAGGUAACACUGCCAUCCCUUGCCAGUAGAGGUCUUGUAUUAACCUGAAUUUUUACAUAUUGUAUGAGAUAACCAGCACUGGUUGUGCUGCGUAUCUCUUCUCAUAUGCCUGAAGUAUGUAAAGUUACCUAGAAAACCACAAAAUCCAAAAUAUCUGAAGUUUUGGGGGGUUCGGGUUUUUUUGUUGUUUAAUUUAUAUUUUUUCAAACAUAAUGAAGCCCCACUAAAACUAAACAAAUGCUUGGUAGGUGCAAAUCAUGUUUAAACCACUGUCUCAAUUGUUAUUGCAGAUUUUUUGGGGACUCUGUUGCUGUAACAGAUAAAUUUAAAAUGCUUCAUAGGAAAUGUAUAAGCCUGAUGGAGAAACUAGGCUGUACACUUAGUUUUAUAUUAAUUAAUUGCACUAUAUGUUUUAGAUGCAUUUAUUGUAGCUAGAAUGAUCUAGGUGUGAUAAAUAGCAACAAGACAUGUUGCUAAUCCCAUUUUCAAGGUAUAAAUCCUUAGGUCACAGGGUUUGAAAAGGACACAUGUGCAGAAGGGAAGUGAUGCAACCUCUUUAGUAACCCAGCUGCCAGAAGUAAACAGCUAAUUGUCACACAGAGCUCUUUUUUAAUAUCUUCAUGCAAGCUGAAUAACUUUUUUAGCUAGUUUAGGCAUUUUUAGUAUUUUUGUAUUCACAAAAUGCAGUAAACAUUUUCCUGUAGAAGUCAUUGUUGCACUCCAACAUCUGAUAAAUUCAUAAAGCAGGUUUUACAUAUUUAUGAGUUCCCUGAUCUGCCCUGACUUUAAAAAAUACUAGUUGCAGUACUCUAGUAGCACAUGCUGUAGAUCCUGUGAUCUCAGAAAAAACCUGUAAGCAAAACUUUGCAUAUGUUAUGGGACUAAACUAGGCUGGAAAGAAAACAAAAUUCUGAUUAAAAGUUCUGACCAAUUAAGUUCAAUUUUUCUUUAGGUCAGAGAAAUGUUGCAUUUCACUUAAUGUGAACCCUCUGGUUUUUUCUCUAGCAGAGAUUUCACGUGUGUUCUAGAAAUAGGAAAUGACAAAUACACUGGCCAAGAGUUCUACAUUAGCAAAAUUCAAAUUCAAAGCCGUAUUGAGGCACAGAAGUUCCCUGUGAACCAGGCACUUCAAAUAGUUUGCUACUUUUCAGGUAUCUGAACUUCAGCUGAUUAGGAAGACUUAAAUGAACAAAUUAUUCUGAAUAAAUCACUACAAAAUAAAAAAGGGAAGAAUAUAAAAUGGAAGUAAGAGUUGUCAUCGGUGCCAUUGAUAAUUAGUUACUAAUAAAUUAAAUUAUUAAUUGAUCAGUCCUGCAAAACUGCAAGAUCUGUUUCACAUAUGAGCAGGAAGGCUGAUGUGGUCAUUCAGGUAAUUUUGCUAUCCUGACUAGGUAGAAUUUAAGCCAUGUGGUCUUUACUCAGAGGUUGAUUUCUUGAAGGUGCUGCAACAUCCCAGUAAUGUCUUGGUCACUAGAGUGUAGACACUGGGAUUUUGACUUCUCACCCUGCCUUUUUCCUUUGAAUUAUGGAGAAAAGUAUUUAAACCAUGACAGGAACCCUGUAGCAUCUUCUUACAGGUAAAAACCCUCCAGCAUCACAUCAGAGAUAGAAAGGUGAUAGUUCUGUGGAAUAGUUAUGGUGGUGAACUGGAUAUACAAUGCUGAUCACCAACACCUUGUGAUCAAACUAUGUAUAAAUUAUAAUACUGAGUUAAAACUACUGAGAGAAUACAGCAGCAAACAGAGAGUCCUUUAGAUGUGUUUGGACUUGGGUCUCUGAGUAUUUUGUGCAUCUCGUAGUGCUCAAGUUGAGACAGUUUCUUUCUCUGGGAAACAUUUCAGGUUUCUUUCAAGAUCCUAAACUACUUUGACUUCUUCAAGUGGAAAAGUGAUUUGUUUUGUAAAAAGCAGCUUCUUUUUCCCCAGAUGAUGUGAUGUGCUUUAUCAUGUGUAAUGUGAUUAAACUGAAAUCGGUGAUACCAAGAGAGCAGAGGAUAUAAGAGGCUUAUAAAAUAGAUGGUUUAUGAUUCUGUGAGAUACACUGACACAUUUCUGCACGGUACUUGAAAUUACCUAGAUUGUCUUGUGAGUUCAUAAUGCAAAGUCAUUUUACUGGUAGUGUGGUGACAGUGGCUGUUUAUUCCACUUUCCUUAGCAGGGUGGCAGAGCAGAGUACUCCUGUGCAGGCCAACUUUGGGAUAUAGAUGUAUUGGCAGUUUUAAAAUGAUCAGUGUCUGGGAACAGAAACAGUAGAAUCACCGUAGCACUGACUGCACCUCACUAAGUUAUUCCUGUUAUGUCACUUAGCUCUUUGGGGUACUUUUUUAUGAACACGGUUAUCAUGCUUUAUUCUGAGCUAAGUUGGACAGAGCCAUAUGAACAUCAGAGCUCACUUGAAAUAGCUUGGGGAUCUCAAAAAAGGUGCUGUAUGAUAAUCUGUUGGUAGAGUGUUACAUUUCAGUUUUUUCACUUUGACCAAAAAUGUCAGAAGCAAGAGAAAAAAGUCAUGACUUCUGUAAGACUCUAUUUUUAUACUGUCAUUGGGGUGUUAUUUAAGAGUGCCAGUUCUGAGCCAAAGUCAGCUGAAGAAAAAUCAGGCUGAACUUCUAAUUCCAGACCAGCAAGUAGAAAAUCCCAUCCAUGCCCAGCAUGGCAGCAAAGACUUCACUCUGCAGCUGGCCUUUUCCCACAGUAAAGAAGGAUUUUUUCUGCCUCUGGGGCUGGUGAAUUCAGUUAACUGUAUCCCUAGUUCUUGCUUGGGCUGUCUGUUCUUUGUAGGUUUGUUGCAGCCAGAGGGAGACCCUGCUGCCCCUUAAGCUGAAGUGGCAUUCAUGGACUUUUCUCCCUGAGCCAGAAGCAGCAGGUGAAUAUUUGAGUCCUGUUCUGGUAAUGCUACCCAAAACUAAAAGCCUAUGUAUAUUUUAGCUCGUGCCUGCCAUUAGGUACAGAACUGCUUUUUCUUUUCAUACACUUCAACCAUUGCAGGUAUGUCCAGGUGACACUACGUCUGAAAGAGCUUAUGAGAUUGUCUUGGUUCCUGUGAGCAACAAGAAAUUAAAUUUAGAAGUAUUAGAAGUUUACAGUGAAACCUUAAAUUGGAUUGACUCCUGACCCGCUAUAUAUAUAUGUCACUUUCAGUGUGAGCCUGUUCACUUCCAUGCUCCAAAUGCAGGAUACAUUAAUGUGAUUGCAAACAAAGUCUCCUCGUGGAUACUGAAGAAAGCUAACACUCAGACACUUUUCAUCCUACCAUGGUACUGGAAAUGAAAUUCAUCUGACAAUAGGUUGUUUCUAAUUCUAUGAAUGUAUAUGGGGAAAACCCAAAUACAUGUCUUUUAUUCACUAUCCAGCAUGAAGACAAUUUUGUAUUUUAAAUGCUAAAGAAAUAAACUUUGAAAGAUCUUU